AGUGUCCUGGCUCAACACUACGAUGUCAGUGGCAGCCCCACAGCAGUAAGCACACUAAGGUUAUGCUGCCCAUAAGUUCCUGUCUGAGUCCCAGUGAGAAAGAGAAGGGCUAAAGCCUGAGCCAGGUGUGAAGCACUCCGCUCCGCAGAGCUCCAGUACAGCCGUUCGCCCACAGCCCCACAGGUGCACCCCAGAGCAGGAGCCAUGAGCGACCCCCAGACCCCCGGCCAGGUCACGGACACGGUGACCUCCAUCAGCUACACACCGGAGCCAGCAGCCUCGUCACUGCGUGGUGGAGGUCGUCAGCAGCAGCAGGAGGAGGACGAUGGGGACCUGAACAAGGCGCUGGGCGUGCAGCGCUUCCAGCAGAUCCUCAGCCCCACGCCCAGCGUGCCCGACGAGCAGCACCGCGCCUGCCACGAGGAGGACAUCGAGUACCAUCGCAGCUCUUCCCACCACAUCCACCGGCCUCUAUCCAAGCUUCCUGGAGACAGCAAGAGGAAGAAGAAGAAGAGGAAGGGCCGCGAUCACCGUGGCAGCCCGGGGCCUGGCGGAGCGCCCCCUGUAGAGGAGGGAGAGGAGGAGGAGGAUGAGGAAGAGGAGGAGGCCAUAGAGGUCAAAAGCAGCACUACACAACACGGUGAAGAGACCGACGCCACCCAAGAUGUGCAGUUCUUUGUGUCCUGUGAGGAUCCCGAGCACCCUGAGGGGUCCGAGAGCCCUCGCCCGGCCCGAGACGUCUCCGUGGUGCCCUCCUCAGCUGGGGGCAUGGGCCCCGAAGAUGCCACGCCAACUGAGUCACCUGUUGGAGCCCCCGCUGCCGUCCCUCUGGCGAGAGCGUCCAGCCGAAGCUACGACCUGCAGGAGCGGCGCCGCACCGGCAACAUGACGGGCGCCGAGCAGGCCAAGUACGAGCGCAUCCCCACCGACGAGAGCGAGGCUCAGACGCUGGCCUCCGCUGACCUGGACGGGAUCAAAAGUCACCGAUUUGAAGAUGUGCCUGGCAUGCGGAGACACCUGGUGCGGAAGAGUGCAAAGGGCCAGGUGGUGCACAUCAGCAAGGAUCACAAAGAGGCCAGCACCCGCACCCGCAAACUGGACCGCACCCCACACGAGGUGUUUGUGGAGUUGAAUGAACUGAUCAUGGACAAGAACCAGGAGAUGCAGUGGAGGGAGACUGCUCGCUGGAUCAAGUUUGAGGAGGACGUGGAGGAGGAGACGGACCGCUGGGGCAAGCCCCACGUGGCCUCCCUGUCCUUCCGCAGUCUCCUGGAGCUCCGCAAAACCAUCUCUCACGGUGCCGUGCUCCUCGACCUGGACCAGAAGACCCUCCCUGGCAUCGCUCACCAGGUGGUGGAGCAGAUGAUCAUCUCGGACCAGAUCAAGGCCGAGGACCGCGCCAACGUUCUCAGGGCCCUCCUGCUCAAGCACAGCCACCCGAGCGACGAGAAGGAGCACGCCUCCUCCUUCCCCCGCAACAUCUCGGCGGCCAGCCUGGGCUCGCUCAUCAGCACCCACCACCACCACCACGGCAGCAGCAGCAACCACAUCUCCCAGAGCGAGCCCUCCGCCACCGAGCCCCUGAUGACCGGCGCCGGACACGAGGGCGAGCUGCGCAUCGACAUGGACAAGCACGAGGUGCACGCCCAGAGGGACUCCAUGCCAGCUAUUGGAAUGCAUAGGUCCAAGUCGAAGCAUGAACUGAAACUCUUGGAGAAAAUUCCGGAAAAUGCUGAGGCUACAGUUGUACUAGUUGGUGCGGUGGACUUCCUGGAGCAGCCCACCAUGGCGUUUGUGCGUCUGCAGGAGGCGCAGGAGCUGGACUCGGUGCUGGAGGUGCCGGUGCCCGUCCGCUUCCUCUUCGUCCUGCUCGGGCCGCCCAGCACCAGCAUGGAUUACCACCAGAUCGGCCGCUCCAUCUCAACACUCAUGUCUGACAAGCAUUUUCACGAGGCGGCCUACCUGGCGGACGACAGACACGACCUCCUGAGCGCCAUCAAUAGCUUCCUGGACUGCAGCAUCGUGCUGCCGCCCUCGGAGGUGGGGGGCGAGGAGCUGCUGCGCUCGGUGGCGCGCUUCCAGCGGGAGAUGCUGCGCAAGCGCGAGGAGCAGGACGAGAAGCUGCUGGCCAAAGAGCUCAAGAGCCCCGAGGAGAAAGAGUCCCUCCUGCCCAAGCCCAGUGACGACCCGCUCCAGCGCUCGGGCCGGCCGUUCGGGGGCCUGAUCCGCGACGUCCGCCGCCGCUACCCCAAGUACGUCAGCGACUUCAAGGACGCGCUGAACGCGCAGUGCAUGGCCGCCGUCAUCUUCAUCUACUUCGCGGCGCUCUCGCCCGCCAUCACCUUCGGCGGGCUGCUGGGCGAGAAGACGGAGGGCCUGAUCGGCGUGUCGGAGCUCAUCGUGUCCACGGCCAUCCAGGGCGUGCUCUUCUGCCUGCUGGGCGCCCAGCCGCUGCUGGUGGUGGGCUUCUCCGGGCCGCUCCUGGUGUUCGAGGAGGCCUUCUACUCGUUUUGUAAGUCGAACGGCGUGGAGUACCUCACAGGCCGGGUGUGGAUCGGCUUCUGGCUCAUUAUCAUAGUGGUGCUCACGGUGGCCUUUGAGGGGAGCUUCCUGGUCCGCUUUGUGUCGCGCUUCACUCAGGAGAUCUUCUCCAUCCUCAUCUCCCUCAUCUUCAUCUACGAGACCUUCUCCAAACUGGGAAAGAUAUUCCUGCACCACCCACUGAAGCGAUGCACCAUCCUCAACGGCACGGAGGACAACAGCACAUCCGAGAACAUCACUCUGAGUGUGCUGUCAGACAACAGCACCAGCACCCUCAAACCCGUUGUGAGCGGCGAGCCCAACACGGCCCUGCUGUCCCUGGUGCUCAUGUCCGGAACGUUCUUCAUCGCCUUCUACCUGCGCAAGUUCAAGAACAGCGCUUUCUUCCCUGGCAGGCUUCGUAGGGUGAUUGGAGAUUUUGGUGUCCCAAUUGCCAUCCUCAUCAUGGUGCUGGUGGACUACAGCAUUCAGGACACGUUCACACAGAAACUGAGCGUGCCCAGUGGCUUAUCUGUGACCAGCCCGUCCAAGCGUGGCUGGUUUGUGAAUCCUCUUGGCAUGCACAACCCUUUCCCCAUCUGGAUGAUGGCCGCCAGCAUCCUCCCUGCUCUGCUGGUCUUCAUCCUCAUCUUCAUGGAGACACAGAUCACCACCCUGAUAGUCAGUAAGAAGGAGCGGAUGCUGGUGAAGGGCUCGGGCUUCCACUUGGACCUGCUGGUGAUUGUGGCUCUAGGGGGCACCUGUGCCCUGUUCGGCCUGCCCUGGAUGGCCGCCGCCACCGUCCGCUCCGUCACCCACGUCAACGCGCUGACGGUCAUGAGCAAGGCCGUGGCCCCCGGGGACAAGCCACGCAUUCAGGAGGUGAAGGAGCAGAGGGUGACUGGGCUCCUGGUGGCCAUCCUAGUGGGUCUGUCAAUUGUGAUUGGGGACCUCCUGCGUAAGAUCCCCAUUGCUGUUCUGUUUGGGAUCUUCCUCUACAUGGGCGUGAUGUCUCUCAACGGCAUCCAGCUGACUGAGCGCAUCCAGCUGCUGCUCAUGCCUCCUAAGUACCAUCCUGACCACAUGUAUGUGCGCAAGGUGAAAACGCUACGCAUGCACCUGUACACGGCGGUGCAGGUGGUGUGUCUGGCAGCGCUGUGGGCAGUCAUGUCCACCGCUGCGUCACUGGCCUUCCCUUUCGUCCUCAUCCUCACCGUCCCCGUCAAGAUGUUCCUCCUUCCACGGAUCUUCACUGCUAGAGAGAUGCAGUGUCUGGAUGCUGAUGAUGCCGAGCCCACAUUUGACGAGCGGGAGGGCCAGGACGAGUACACAGAGAUGCACAUGCCUGUGUGAGCCACGCCCAACCCCAGCUCUCCACAUCCAAUGGGAUCUCUCCAUCCACCCGCCACUCCAUUCCAAUGGCCAAUAUGAAGUGCCUUAGGGGAGCUCUCUCUGUAGCCAAUCUGAACAGACGCACAGAACACACACACGCACACAUAUGCACACACGCCACCCACCUUCACCCACCUCUCUCGUUCGCCCUCUCUGUAUCUCUCCUUGAAGACUUCCAGACACCAGAAGGCAGACAAACAUGAAGUAGACUCUCCCUUACCAAAGCCUGUUCUGCUUCUGGUUAUUUAGAAAGCAUCCGUCCAUCAUCUCCACGUUCUAAAUGAAGGAUGCCUUUAUGGUGAUGGCUUUCACAUGGGAGGUUGUCUGUGGCAGCAGUGUCUUCCACUGGGCACAGAGAAUAUUCUUCCUAUUAGAAGAAAAACUAGUGUUCCCUAUGGUGGAAAUGUUAUAAUCGUAACUGGACAUUCCCCCCUCGUCCUGCGGCGUAACGUGGCUCAGAGGUCAAUGAUUUCAGAUGUUUUGUAAUAUUUAUUUUUGUAUACAUCACUAUUCACUACACAUUUCAGAAGGGCUCACAAGAGGAACAUUUGAAGCGGCUGGAUGGGAACAUCUGUGCUUCACUAGCGUUCCACUUAGCCACAUACACACAUAGGAACGCAAGUAGGUGUUCUUCCCCCCUCACAUAUCUGUUGUCUGAUAUUGUUAUUGUACCAGGGAGAGAGCUGUAGGUAUAUGUAGCUUGAUCCCACGGGUAUUACUAUGCUGGUAUGAUCCCUGAUUGUCACUGUGCUGAAUAUUUCAGUGUUGCCAAUCGAUGCCUGCAGCAUAACUGCAGUAAAGUCACUUCAGCUAUGGUUUCUUAGGCUCACUCAGUUCAUGCAACGCUACAUUGUGUUCCAGUGGCCAUAGCUGGCUUUGUGGACCGGUAAGUGGUCCCAUCCACCUCGCUGUAUCUGAACCGGCCAUCACUCCUCAGUAUCUCAGUAGCUUUCGUAGGUAAUUGGUUUAGCUGAGUGGCAGUUACUGAGCCCCUACAUAACACUAACUGUCAGAGAGAUUUAAUAAUUGCACUUAGUAGCAACCACAGGCUUAAUGCUGCCUAACCCUGCUUCUCCUGUCCUGCUUUAUGAGCAGGGCUCUGUGAGCAUCCAGUUCAGACCAGUUUAGCACACACUCACUGGUGUAUUGGUGUAUUUCAUUUUGGGUAUUUAAAAUGGUUCAUAUUAUGUUUGGGACUAUUGCUGGUGUCUCACUUUUAGAAAUGGUGGAACUAGACGUCAUCUUGACAAGACUUCUCGCAGCUUGUUGGAAUUCUCUUAGAUCAUCGUGUAUUAUCCCGUAACACAUUUCAGUGCCAAUCCAACCAGGUCUGUGAGGAUGUAAGCUGUUCCUGAUCUCAUUCUCCUUCUCCUCCUCCGUCUUUGUGUUUCGAUGAUGUGCUGGGCUGCUUAGUCAUAGGAAUGACAUCACAGAAUGAAAUUGUAAUGGUGGUUCCCUCUGCAUGCCCUUGAGUUAGGGUGACAUGGCCCACAGAUGAGGGAGGGGGGGGAUUGCUGUUGGCUGUUAUGGGCCACAUAUUGAAGUAAGCUUAACUCUUUUUCUUGCUUUCUUGUCAGUCUGUCAUCUUUUUAGUUUCAACAUGUAUUUUAGACAAACCUCUGUAUAUAAUUUGAAUGUUUUCAGAACAAGUUGUAUCCAGGCUUACUUUCUCUGAAUUCUUCCAAAAGUGCUUCAGCUGGUCAGAAAGUGCUCUUAACAUUCCACGUAUAACUUAGCUUUGCUUACUUGAUGAUUUUAAAGUAAUAUAAUAAACAUAACUGACAGCACAAUCUUAGGAAGAAACGCUGCUCUUAACUAAUUACAGUACAUUAAGAGAUCAUGUAUUCUUUUCUUAUCUGAGGAUCAGUUGGACUCUUUGUGAGGUUAUAUUUUUGAGUAAAUUAUUAAUGAAGAGCUAUACAUAUAAUUUUAUAAACCACAGAUUUUUAUCUUCAGACAUACAACUGGAUUCUUUUGUAGGCCAAGUUCUUUUUAUGGUUUGCCUUCCCCUGCUCUGGCAAUGUCUGCACUCCUCCAUAAAGCCUUUAUUGCGGUUGUUUGUAUUAUCAGUUUUGACUGUAUUGUCCUUGCUGAAAGUGUUUUGAGAGUGCCAUGUAGCUGUUCUUAGCGUUGUCUGAACUCUUUCAUUCACUUUUUUUGUGAACUGCUAGUAUCAUGUAUGGGAAAGAUGUGUUGGUGAUAAGAUCAUGUUUUUUUGUUUGUUUUUUAAAUUUGCACAGUGUUGUGUCUACAUGUGCAUUAUCUCAAGUUAGAGUUGAAAGUCAAACUACGGCAUAUUGAUUUCAGACAUAUUAGUCUAAACCUACAACAUCUCCAACCUCUUACAGAAGUCCUUUGUGGAACUGUAUGCAUAUUGUAUCUGUUUCAAUCAAACAUUUAUCCUUUUUGGCUUACCCUAUCUGUGUACAUGUAUGUAGGUCAUGGAUAUAAAAUAAAGUAAUUUUGUAUUAAU